AUGCCUAGAUCAAAGCGGUCCAAGCUUGUGACUUUAGCUCAAACCGACAAAAAGGGAAAAGAAAAUAAAAUAAGGAUCUUUGAUGAAGUAAGGUCUGCCUUAGAUGAGUUUCGUUUUGUUUGGGUAAUCCGUCUGAUGAUGUUUCGUAUCUCAGUGUUGCAGGACAUAAGAAGUGACUGGACUGGGUCUCAAUUGUUGAUGGGAAAGAGAAAAGUAUUGGAAAAAGCAUUGGGAGAAAAGCCCGAAGAUGAGUACAAAGAUAACUUGCACAAACUCUCUAAAUCAUGCACUGGUGUGAGUGGGUUACUUUUCACUGAUGAGACUCCAGAGACCGUGACAGCUUACUUCUCAGCAUAUUCCAAACAAGAUUACUCUCGUGCUAAAACAAAGGCUCCAAUUGACUUCGUUAUUCCUGAGGGAAUAGUUUACUCGAGAGGUGGUCAAAUUCCUAUUGAAGAAGAUGUUCCUAUGUCUCAUUCUGUUGAAGAAACAUUGCGUAACAAGUUGAAGGUUCCAACAAGAAUCAAGUCGGGAAAGAUCACUUUGAGUGAGCCAUACGUCGUGUGUCGUAAAGGUGACACCUUGGAUGUUAGACAAGCAUUGUUGUUAAAGCAAUUCGGUGUCGCAGCCUCGGAAUUCAAGCCAGAGCUCGUUGCUUAUUUCGAUAACGAAGAUAACCAAGUUACGAAGGUAGACCAAAAUUAG